UCACUGUAUCAGCCUCCGAUUCUCUCUGUAACAGCCACGUUUCCUAAUCUAGCUUCUUUGUAUUAUUCUUUCUCCGCCACCCUCCUCCAAAUCUUUUUUCCCUCUCUAUCUAUUCUCUCGAAUUGCAAUUGCAGAUCAUCUUGAAGAUGAGUGAUCAAGUGGUUUUACCGGUUGUAGGUAAUGGAAACUAUCACAACAACAACGAUGAUCACAGUCACAGUAACGUUUUGAACAUUUAUCCUCUCAGCUGUUACUAUUUUGGUUCCAAAGAAGCCGUCCCAUUCGAGGACGAAACCAUUGCCGAUCGUGUCCACCGCAUGAAAUCCAACUACGAUGCUUACGGAUUGAGGACUUGCGUUCAGGCUGUACUUCUGGUUGAAUUGUUCAAACAUCCUCAUUUGCUGUUGUUGCAAAUAAGGAAUUCCAUACUUAUGCUCCCAGGCGGUCGCUUAAGACCAGGUGAAUCAGAUAUUGGUGGCUUGAAGCGUAAGCUUUCAAGCAAGCUAUCUAUUGAUAAAGAUGGUGGCCGACCUGAUUGGGAGGUGGGAGAAUGCCUUGGGAUGUGGUGGAGACAUAACUUUGAAACGCUGCUGUAUCCAUACUUGCCACCUAAUGUGAAAUGGCCGAAGGAGUGCAUUAAACUCUUUCUUGUGAAGUUACCUGCAAGUCAAAAGUUCAUUGUACCUAAAAACCUAAAGUUGCUUGCAGUUCCACUGUCUGAAAUUCAUGAAAGCCAAAAGAAAUACGGACCGAUAAUAUCAGGAAUCCCACAGCUGCUGUCCAAAUUCGCUGUGAACGUUGUAGAGUCCUGAAAUAUAGCAGUCUUCAGAAUUGACUUGGCUCUAAAGUGAGUAGAAAAACUUGUCAGAACAAUGUGUUGUAAAGAAACCAUAGCCAGCAGAUGUAAAUACCAAAGAUUCACUGUGAUAAUAUUAGCUUUCCUGAAGCUAUAUAUGUAAGUUAUUAUGGUCUUUCCCAAUGCAAUUCCUUUGUUGGAAUUCCUAAAUGCUUUCAAGUUUCUGAUUAACAAUUGUCCUGAUUACUCCUCAUU